CUUACCGUUUACCGUCUCUUUUUUUAAAGCAACUCGACUGACCUUGCUCUACUUUACUUGCCUUGCCCUGCCCUGAACCCUUGAUCAGUCUUUCUCUUCGACUUUGCUCUUUAUGUAUCGAUGCCAACUGAGUCUCAUCAGCUGUCAUCAACACCAAGGCGACAAUAUCACCAUCCAUAUACUAGCUCAGCGUAGUCUUGACUUGCACAGCCUAGACUUAUAGCGCCUUAUCCGCUAUAAGGUUACUGACGUCAGGUCGAUCUACGGAGGAGAGCGCCAUCCCGCUCAAUCUCACCUUAGCGCCUUCCACUCCCUGACUAUCUCCUGUCCUACUUCAACGGCUUGAACUCUCUCGUUUAAUGUUUGUUUUUGACUUCAACACCAUAAAAACUCUGUUGCGUCGACCCUCGAUCAUCACCCGCGGUAUGCGCAUACCCCUGUAACUGCGCUCACGAUAAUGAACUCGCCGCCAAACUCAUUCUCUCGUCAAUCCGACGAUUCUCCACCCUCAAAUACCUCCAACCAGAGAGAUGGCGCCGAAAAGGAUCAACAUCUACCUGUCUACCGCCACAUGAUACCCCCAUCUCCAGCGUCUUCGACGACAUCUCCGCUGGCUGUAGGCUCGGCCCACGAAGCGGCUCUUAUACAAAGCAUUGAGCGAGGCGAUUACGCGACCGACGACGACGAAACACGGAGCCUGACCGACAGUAUACGACAGCACAUUGUAGAGGGUGGUUUGCGGUAUCAUAGCUACCAUGCAGGAAAAUACCUUUUCCCUAACGACGAAGCCGAGCAAGAUCGAGAAGAACUAAAGCAUAACUUGACCGUGUACCUGUGUGAUGAUAGACUCUUCUUUGCGCCAAUUGAGCAAUUAUUGGAAAAGGGAGCUGAAGUGCUCGAUCUGGGCACAGGAAUUGGGAAAUGGUGCAUUGACCUUGCCGAUAUCUACCCCAACUCACAAUUCCACGGUAUGGACCUUUCACCUAUACAGCCGGACUGGGUCCCGGAGAAUGCCAUCUUUGUUGUCGACGACAUAGAGCAUGAAGCUGGCUGGACCUAUGGAGACGAGACAUUUGAUUACAUACAUAUACGCCACACAGUUCAUUCCAUCAAAGACCGAGAAUUGCUCUGGGAACGAAUCUGGAAACACCUUAAACCAGGAGGCUACGUAGAAAUCCAGGAGUUUAACUACAUCGCAGCUUGCGACGACGACUCAUGCGACGGUCCAUACGCUUGGCGGGACUAUUGCAAUUAUCUCCUCGAAGGCAUGCUAGCUCUCGGCACAGAUCUCCACGGCAUCAGUCACGUAGGGCACGAACUUCACGAAGCAGGCUUCGAAAACAUCACAACCAAAGGCUACAAGUGCCCAGUUGGUCCGUGGGCGAAGAAGAAACGACUUCAAGAGUGCGGCCAUGUUUUAAGAGAUGUCGUUCUGUUGUCUCUCCAUGGCCUAUCCCGAAAACCGUUUCGUGAUGGCCUUGGCUGGACAUUGAUCCAGAUCGAGAUGUUUCUCAUCGAAGUUCGAAAGUCAUUGACUCAGGAAGUCAAUGGCUUACCAAAGUUCCAUACUUAUUUCCCUUACUACAACAUUCACGCCCGGAAGCCCCUGAAUUCGCAAAGACCGAUCAGGGAAGACGCGUAAAAGACAGGUGUUGCUGGAGACACCACGACGCAUAGCAUAUACGACAUUGCAUAUUUCAUAACGAUUUGACGAGAUACAACUUCAUCAGCAUAAGAAAGCAUCAACAAACAUGGGAGCAUGGCCUGGCGUUUGAUGGAUUGCAUAAGAAGGCUAAUUGGAGCCAUUGAUAUAACAUCACUUACAAGGCGUACCUGAGCGACUAUUUCACUCUUUUCUUAUUUACAACAUGUUUGGCUGCUUAGCAGACGCAAUAAAUAGCCAGAGAAAUACAAUCAUAAACCUAACUAUGAACUCCUCGAAAUUUAGGUAACAUC